UGUUCUCAAUGACCGGCUCCUUUUUGGCGUAGGUUCCGUGCAUGUGCUGACACCACGGGUGCAUCAAGGAUUCGCACACCGAACUGUUUUUAUAAUUAACGUUAUUGUGAAUUGUUUUUACUCGCAAGAAUUUUCCUUUCCUUUUCUCAACAUUCUUAACUAUCGAUUACUGAAGUGAGCGUUGUGGCGUGAUAGUGUUCCAAAGACAUCUGCCUUAAUAAUUUUAAGACUGCUAUUUUGUGAUCUUUGCAAAAAAGUUAUUUUAGAAACUAAAGACACACGUCGUCAGACACGCAACGCAUUUUAACAAAUAUUUCGAGAAGAGUAGAAGAAAAUCAGCAGUAAAGAAAGGAAAUGGUCAUGGAGGCAUCCCCCUCACCACAAUGUGUCGGUCGUGAGUUCGUCCGACAAUACUAUACUUUACUGAAUAAAGCACCGAAUCAUCUACACAGGUUUUAUAAUACAACAUCGUCAUUCGUUCAUGGAGGUCUUGAUCAGCCAAAUAAGGAAACGAAACCAGCGAUCGGUCAAAAGCAAAUCCAUCAAAAAAUCCAGCAACUAAACUUCCGUGACUGCCAUGCUAAAAUUACCCAGGUUGAUUCGCAGGCCACACUUGGCAGUGGAGUCGUUGUGCAGGUUUCGGGGGAACUUUCGAACGCUGGACAGCCAAUGCGCCGUUUUACUCAAACAUUCGUUCUCGGUGCUCAAGCACCGAAAAAGUACUACGUGCACAAUGACAUUUUUCGAUACCAGGACUUUGGCUAUUCGGAUGAGGAAGAAGGUGAACCAGAAGGCGUUGAGGGUGCAUUGAUUGAAGUUGCCGAACGUGAAGGCGAAGAGGGAGUUCGCUCUGAGCCUGAGGAAGAGGAACAACAAAAUCAACCUCAACAUAUUACAGCACCAAUUUCCGGCUCUGAACAACAUACCGUGAUUCUCACUCAACCACCAAUCGCUGGACAACCUCUUUAUUAUCCACCACCGCCACCACAACACGUGAUGACACCAGUGAUCAAUGGUUCAGUUCAUGAGGAUGCUUCUCUGAUUAAUCAACAGCAACAACAACAGCCGUCUAUUCCAUUGCCUCAACAACCAGUUCAAACGCAACAACCACAAUAUGUUGAGCCCGUGGUGCAAGAGCAAUUCUCACAGGAAACUGAGACAACAUCUGCCACAGAACCACAGCAAGUUACUGAAGAUGAACAUUCCCAAUCUGUCGAAAGUAUUGAGCAAACCGAAACUGAAAAGUUUUCAACACCAACUGCCGAAAUUGUUCAAGAAAGUUCACCGGCCAACACCAGUAACAGUGGACCGAAAACUUACGCCAAUUUGGUAAAGUCCUUUGCAAGCUCACAGGCAACACUCACAAACACUCAGCCACAGAAAAUGUCCAUGUCACCCCCACCCAUGUCGAGUAUGAAAGUGGAAGAAAAAUCACCAUUACAUCCAUCUAGUUCGGGUCCUUUGACUUCAAAUACGAACGUGUCAGCCAAUCAACAACAACCCCAUCGUGUUAAUGCCAAUCAACAACAAUCGUUACACCAACCACAACAACAACGACCACCACGCAGUGGCCCUAUGCAACGAGAUGGAGAUCGACGAAGCGGCAGGCCAAAUCCAUUCACGGAUGCACAUCAACUCUUCCUCGGCAAUGUACCACAUCAUGCAACUGAAUUUGAACUUCGUCAAUUAUUUGAACGUUAUGGGAAAGUCGCGGAAUUACGCGUUCACAGUAAGGCAAAUGAUAGGAGCAAAGGUCCACAGGGAUCAAACAGCGGUGUACGCGUGCCCAAUUACGGUUUUAUUACCUUUGAAGAUUCAACUGUUGUCGCUAAAGUAUUGAACGAUCUUCCGAUUUACUUCCCGGAUGAGAAUGGACAAAUUAAAUUAAAUGUCGAAGAAAAGAAAUUCAAGUCCAAUAGGAUGUCGAUGGAAGGCAGUGGAAGGUCUAAUCCUGUUGAUAAUAUGCGCUCAAUGGGUGGACAACAACAACGUGGACCUGGUGGUAUGGGUGGAAUAAGAGGUGGAUCACGAGGCGGACCACGUGGAAGUUAUUCUCGUGGCGGUGAUGGUGGACGAACUGGAGGUGGUAUGAGACAGCCGGGAAAUCCAAACAAUUCAAAUUAUGCAAACCGACGCUAAACAUCUGAUGACAUGGCGCUUCGACUUCUUGGGAUAAUAUCAGCACAUUCUCUGAAAAUAUCAGCGGUACCUAAAUCACCAAACAAAACAUUCUGUCAAUAUAUUUAGAAAAAAAAAAAAAAAUCUUAUUGCGACACGCGAGACGAAAUAUAUAUCUCUCUCAUACAUCAAUUUUUCCAAGUAACGUGCCACAUUUUUGGAGAUUUUAUCUCCUUUUUGUCAAUAUUUUUUUUUGUUAAAUAACAAAUUGAAAUUGAGAGAGAAAAAGAGAAUUUUUCUUUAUAUUUUUUUCACUCGCAUGUCGUAACGGAUCGCGGCAAUAACAGACCACGGUACAAAUACCGUUCUCUUUUUAAUUUAUCAAACAACCAGCAGUCUUUAAAAGUCAGCUGAUCCAUUUUUUUGAAUUUUUUUCACACUAAUAACUAGAAAGAUUUUUUUCAGUCGUAAAAACAAAUUUCAAAGAUAAAAAGAGACUGAGAUUCACGACUGAUAAAUCGGUCGCAGAAAAAAAGACAACUCAUCAUACAUAUACACACUUUUCAUGACACAUUUUCACAAAUUGUCGAUCGACCGGUAUCGAUCUUCAAAAUGUAUCUCAAUCCUUCAAACUGCAGCUGGACUCUAGCAGUGCAUUCAUUUUUUUUUUAAAUCAUUAAUCUUUUUUUCUGAUUUGGACUUUUAUAAUCUAGGUCUCUUUUUUUCUUCGAAGUUCAAUAUUUUGAUGAUGAUGAUGAAAAAAAAAGAAAACUUUCUUUACCUAUUUCGUAUUUGGCCUUGUCGAUUAAGACAUCGAAAAAAAAUAAAUGUUUUUUUUAAAAGUCUGUUUUAUCUGCGCCUACUUAGAAACCAUUGGCAAAUUCGGCGUCGAUUAAUUAUUUGUUAACUAAUAUUUAAUAUCGUAAUUCCGUAUUAUUAACGACGCUCGUGAAAAAAAAUUAUUGGAAUAAUUUUCACACUUAUAUAUAACACACAAACGGCUACGGUAUUCAUAAAUUUAAUGCCGCUCAAUAUCAUAAACAAAAAAAAAAAUUUAUUGAUACCGAUCCUGUUUUUGUUUAGACUUAGAUAGAAAUAGACUUAAUAAUUUCUAAUGGACUUGCUUGAAUUAAAAAUUCAAAUACGAUUUACAUGUACAACAUUUUUUUCCAUCGACGAAUAAUUUAUAAACGUACUUUUUAUUCAUUAAAAAAAAAAAAUAUGUUGUUUUUGUUUUCUAGUAAGAUAAUAAUUUUAGCGAAUUUGUUGGUCGAGAUGAAAUAUUUCUAAUCGCGAUAAAUAAUUGACUUUUUGUUUUUAUUUAAUUAACGAAUUUUAAAGUUUAUAUAUUUAUAUUCAAAUAAAUUAUUGUGUAUCUUUUUUUCAAUAGCGGUACAUGAAGUUGACAGUAGUUAAUUAUUUCUAACUGAACAUUUUAAUGUUUUUUUUUUUUUUUUUGUUUUUGCAAUUUUAGUAGCAAAUUUUCUAGUCAUUUUUUUUUUUAAAUAAACUUAAUGAUAAAUUCGUUAUUUAGCGAAUAAACAAAAAAAUUCUCGACCGAUAAAAUCGCUUUUGUUUAAACUAUUUAAAUGACAUAUUUAAGAGAAAACAUAUAAUUAGUCUAAUUUUUAAGACGGUUCAUCAGUGAAAAUAAAUAUUUUGUCCAAUGUUGAUAUUGGGAAAAUUUUGAAAAAAAAAGUUUUUUUUUACCUUUUUCUUUUUUACUGCCUAUUUUUCCAAAAUAUUUUUAUAAAUUUUUUUUAACUUGUCGAUAUUUUUUAACAUUUUCAUGAGUUAUUUGCAAAAAAAAGUUCUUGUAAUCUUUUCUUUUACAUCUAAUUGCAAAUAUUUUAAUAAUUAAAAAUUUGGUAGUUAAAAAAAAUUAAGACUAAGAAAAUUAAUUAUUAAAUUAUUAUCACUAUUAAGAAAUUAAUUUAACUUGUAAAUGUAUAGUUUGAAAUUUUUCUUAAAUUAAUGAAGAAAUUUUAUAAUUAUAUUUUCUUAUUACUUAAUUUUAAUUAAUGUCGAUAAUAGAUGAACUGUUUGAAAAAAAUUAGACCAAUUUCACGGAAGCUUUAACUAUAUAAAUAUUCGUCUCUCGGUGGAUCAUUUUUGAAGCAGGGGAGGCAAAAAGUCUGACUUUUCGUCUCAAUAAUUUUCUAUAAAACAAAUGUAGGUGCUUUAAAUAAAUUUUUUAAAAUAAAAAAAAAAAAAAA